AUGCUCCCCCGCUGCCACAGCCUGCGUGUGCUCCAUGUCUGCCCGCCAAACCGAGGCUUCCUGGCCGCCAACUCCCGUACCUCAAUCCGGUCCUUUCGGUCCCAAAGUCUGGAGGGACUGGCCUGCACACCCACUGCGAUGGCGCGCACAACGCCCACACGUGUGUGUGCUCUCUCUCUCUCUCUCUCUCUCUCUCUCUCUCUGUCUCUCUCUGUGUCUCUGUGUCUCUCUCUCUCUCUCUCUCUCUCUCUCUCUCUCUCUCUCUCUCUCUCUCUCUCUCUCUCUCUCUCUCUCUCUCUACUGAAUUUGUGA